UAGCCGGUAGCUUAGUUACUAAUAAAUUCACAAUAGGACAUUAUAUAAGAAAGCAACGCGACGACAACGUUAACAUUAAUUAGUGGUACAACAUAGCGAGUCAUAAUUUUCGGUUCACAGGAAUUUAAAAGGCUGAGCUAUCUUAGCGAGUCCAUUCACUGCCUCGUGCACAACGUAACGUUAACGUUGCGAAACAAAAAAUGUUACACAACAUUCUGGAUUUUAUCUAUUUAAAAGCGCCUAACACAAAUAUAUUGUGACGUUUAUGAUUUAAUACAUCCCUCUGGUAAAUUCGGCAUGCAUGUGAUCCAUUAAUAAUCUAGUAUUUCAUCAACAUUCCAUCUUUUAUGAUUUGCAUGCCUGUUGUCAGCGUUAGCUAACGCUACCUUCGUUAUCUUUAACCUGCUGCUCUGUGGUAGGCGGUAGUAAAGCAGUUACAAACAUUUGGAUUUAACUGAAACAAGUACUGUAAGAGGUAUCAAGUGUAUGCCGAAUUGUCAAAUGGGGAACUUUACAUCGGCCACAUCUCUGUCCAGCACAUCCUGUGCACAGUAUGUUCAGGAGGUGGUAUCACAGAACUGUGUCGUGAUAUUUUCCAAGACCACUUGUCCUUAUUGCAAAAUGGCCAAGAAUGUGUUCAAUGAAAUUGGUGCGACGUACAAAGUGAUUGAACUGGAUGAGCACAAUGACGGGAGGAGACUGCAAGAGGCCUUAGCUCAGAUGACGGGAGCCAGAACGGUCCCCAGAGUCUUCAUUAAUGGAAACUGCAUCGGGGGUGGCUCGGAUACCAAACAGCUCCAUCAGCAGGGAAAGUUGCUGCCCCUGAUUGAAGAGUGCGCUACCUGCUGUGCUGGGACCAGCGCCGACGGCUCGGGCAGCGGACAGUUUGCGUCUGCUAAAUGACUAACCGUUCUUGUAGUGUUUUUUAAUCCUGUAUUUAUUAAAUCUUUGCUCGACCUAGUGCUACAAGUCUUACACUGCUUGAGCAUGACAAUGUUAUUUAUUUAUCAAAGUGCACUGGAUACUUGAUGUUAGCCUAUAUACAUUUUCAUCCAGGGAUGUACAGUAUUAUUGUUAUUAAAGCUGCCGUCUUUUAAACAAAACCUGUGAAUAGUGGAAAUACCUCUCAUCUGCAUGGAUGUUUUAUUGAAGAUUGAUACAGUCAUCAAAAAGCACGGUCACUCCAAACAUCAAGCACCAUCGAGCUGUGAACAUCAUUCAUCCGUGAAGUACUGACAGUCUGACUCAAUGCUCAUCUUCUCUGAGUUUAGUUGAGGUCAUUCUUCUUGUUAAAUUGAAAGAAUUACAGAUUUUUGUGAUUGAUGAUCAGCACAUUUAUUUGAACAAUGCAUAAAAUAGAGAAAUGUUAGUUAUCUGCAUAGACUGUAAAAUCUAUGAUGUAAUCAUUUUGUAUUGUUUUUACAUGCUUGUGGAAACAUUUUCUAUGUCAACGCAUCUGGGAUUUUAGGAAGGACUGUUUGUCUCUUAAUUUCUUUUAUAUUAGAUAAAUGGUUGGUUAGUGUAUGAACAGCCUAGUGAAUCACGGUAUUGGUCAUUGUUAUGAAUAUGAAGAGUAAUGGGCGUAUGUAUAACGGCUGAUUUUAAAUGUUUUCUUAAUGCCUUGAAUGUGUAUUUAUCAUUAUUAAUAAAUAUGAAUGAAAGUC